ACUUAGAUCAGGAUCCUCCAAACAUGAGAUAUGGAAAGGAUCAAAUCUCUGCUUCUGCUUCUUUCAGGGGUUUCUCUGUCCUCAUGUGUUCCCCAGCAUCAGUACUUCUUAGUCAGUACGCCAAAAACCUGGUAUGAGGCGCAGAGCUACUGCAGAGAGAAAAGUUUCGACCUGGCCACCAUAGACGACAUGGGAGAGAUGGAAACAGCUCUUAAAGCUGUCCAGGACAAAUACGACGAUGCCGUGUGGAUCGGACUUCAGACAGGAAAGACCGUUAGGUGGCACUGGUCUCUGGCGGACAAAGAUUUCUACAAGGAAGGAGAGCGAGAGUAUUUCACUCAGGGCUAUAUCGGUUCCUACAACUGUGGGGCGUAUGAAGAGGGGAAAUUAUAUGCAGUUGUCUGUUACAUCAAGCGAUAUGCAAUUUGCUUUGAUGGAAAGAAACAUGGUCGUGAACAGUAUGUUCUCACUGCACGAAAGAUGACUUGGAUUUAUGCUCGAGACUACUGCAGGACUUAUCACACGGACCUGGCCAGUGUGAGGAAUGAGGUGGAAAACCAGAUAAUCCAGGAAGUAAGCGGUACCUUGAAGGUGUGGGUUGGCCUCUACAGAGACCCCUUGGAGUGGUCGGACCAGACUUACUCUUCGUUUAGAUAUUGGAGAGCAGGCAAAUCACCGUAUACUGCCCUUAGUGGUGGAAAAUGUGCUGCUCUAUUAAAAAGUCAGUCUGGUAGAUGGGGAGAACUGCCAUGUGGUGAAGCACAUCCGUUCCUCUGUAACUGUCCCGUUUUGAGCUUCAUUAAAGUGAGAAUCAGCUCACCAGGCUUGGAUCUAAAUGAACCUGCAGUGCAAGAUGACAUACUGAAGCAGAUAAAGCAGGAGCUGAGUAACACGAGUGUGACCAAUGUUUUAGGAUGGAGGAAGCAACCUGAUGGAAGAGUGUUUAUCAAGGAAUCAAACAGAACUGGCUGAAGAGGGAGAGACGAAUCAGAGAAGCAGAUUUAAUUCUACACUCUAACCUGAAGAAUUUCUAUAUGUAAAAUGUGUGUUUACUCACAGCUUCAUUCACAGUGACAAAAAUUACUAAGAACCAAAUGUACCAGCUCUACUAUGCUUUAAGUUAGCUCUUUAUUUUGGUCUUACUACACAUUUUUAAAUUAUCUUCCUUGCACUACUUUGUUAUAUUCUUAUUUAGUUUUUACUUAUGUGAUUGUCAUUUUCUUUUUUGUACAUAUUCAAUCAGCA